UCUGUGCACAUACCACUACACUACAGUACCAUGGAAGAGAGAAACCUGUUGGACAAGAUCUCUGAGGCACAAAAAUUUAAUGACAAGACGUCACACAGUAGUUGAAACAUUUCUGAGACCUGAAGAGAUUUCUUGUUUAUGGUUGCACUGUACAUUCAGCAUUCAAAGGACUCUGCAUGUACAGACAGAAUCACUAUGGAAUUUGCCUGUGCGUUUGUUUAUGUGCCACCAGCAGUGAUUCAGAAGGACGGCCAACGCUCCAGUGCCAACGUCAUAAAACGCUCAGCUCUCCUCCCCCCUGUCAACCGAAUUCGUCCUAGCACUCCUCCACCUCCUCCUCCAACAAACUCUACAGUGGCCAAAUCACCAAAACUCCCCAAAUCGACCCCGAAGAUCGUUGAACAGCUGGAAAAGAGCAAAGUGAAGAAGGUUGUGAAGCCCACUCCCUUCUAUGAAAAUGCCAAAUUUCACAGUAAACUGGUGGCAGCAUCUUCCAUCAAUACAACAGCUCAGCAGACAACAUCUCCUCGAAGGACAGCUCUUCUUCCACCGCACAUGAGACCUGCAGCGAGCAGCCAGUCCUCUCUGCACAGCAAGCCACUCGACAACAGUCAGACAUUUACCUAUGACCUGCCAAAUAAUGAACCAGAUUUAAAUGCCCAUCGCUGGGACCCAAACUACUCAUACAGUACACCAGAGGGCACUGGGGGUGAAGUGAAGCUGCCAGCUAUUACUAGCAAUGUGCCGGGCCAGACGCCAGCCCCAGCCCUCCCACCGAGGCCUGCGUUCAUGAAGUCAAUGCCAGAGUACCUGGUGCUGUUACCCUCACACCACUCAUCUGCUUCAUCCUCUCAGAAAUCACCUUCAACUUCUUCACUUUCCCAGUCGUCUACUGCAAAAGGAUCAGCGGAUAAGGAGCCUCUUCCAGGGAAUCCUAAUGUGGUCCUUGUCAGUUUAGGGAAACUACUCUCAGAGGAAAGUGGGGAAUCCAUACGAGGUGAACCCACCUCCUGCUCCCAGUGUGGCUCUGUGCAGGACUCCUGUUAUGUCAAUGUGCUUCAUGCGUGUCACUUCUGUCAAUCCCGGGAGUUGACCAGUCCUCCCAGUAUACCACCCAGUGCUCUCUUUUUGCUCAACCCUGAUGAAAAGCCCCCGUGCGCUGCUGGCGCUCUGCUGCUCUUCUGCAUCGACAUCUCAGGCUCCAUGAGCAUCACCUCCCAGGUGUCGGCGGGAGAGCAUUUUGUUCACAGAUCUCGUCUCCAGUUUGUCCAGGAAGCCGUGUUGCAGUGUGUUCAGAGACUAAGUGAACAGCAACCAGACACAAGAGUGGGUCUCAUCACCUUCAACUAUCAGGUUACAAUGUAUGGGUAUGAGAAUUUCACGUCACAGUUCCUGAGCGGUGCUGAGUUGACUGACAGCAACUAUCUUAAAGAGGCUGCCGCCAGUUUCCCCAGUCCACCUCCACUCUCACAGACCAAGGACUUCUUACAGAGACAAGUUAUGGGAUUAUCUGAAAGUGGGACCACAGCUCUGGGUCCAGCUGCUCUCCUGGCAGUUGCGAUGGCCUCCAGACAGCCAGGGUCCAAAGUGAUUAUCUGUACAGAUGGGAAGGCCAACACAGAGUUAGGGAACCUGGAGGUGGAGGAUAAUGAUGCUCGCACCCUCCUCUCAUCCACCAUCUUCUACCAGGAGCUGGGGGAGUAUGCUGCUAAUCAGGGUGUGACGGUGUCUGUGCUGUCCAUAGAGGGAACAGACUGCCGGCUGGAUGAGCUGGGAAGACUCGCCGAUCGCACUGGAGGGAAAGUGGUAAUAGCAAGUCCAAACAGGCUGCAUCCAGAGUUUGAACAGAUCAUUGAGAACAGGACCAUCGCCACACACUGUACCGUUACAUUACUGCUGCCCAAAUCACUGCACAUGAGAGGAGAGAGGGAGGCUGGAUACAAAGGGACCCGAGAGGUGGGGAACGUGGACCCAGAUACAGAGAUCACCUUUCAGUUCGGAGCCAAUGAACAGGACGCAGAUGUGCCAGCACCAGCCUCCGGCAGCCGUGUGUCCGUCCAGCUGCAGAUCAGGUACCGGCGGAGGAACGGACAGACGAUGCUCAGAGUGAUAACUUCAGAGCGAAAUGUUACUGAUGACAGCUCGGCGGCCCUGUCUUCUCUGUCUCUGGCCAUCAUUCAGCUCAACUCAUCACAGGCCAGCGCCGCUCUGGCUGUCAGAGGCCGCUUCCUCGACGCCAGGAGGGAGGGAGAGCUGCAGAGGAAGCUGAUCGAGAGAGCAAUUGAACACAAUCACAGUGCACAGGACAAACAGACGUACCAAGAAUGGGUGAAAACUAUGGAGCCAAUUUACAACAACAUUCAUAAUUUCACACGGAGAAAAUCUGUCAUUUCAGACUCACAGUCUCUAACAGACGCUGGUGCAGUGCUGCUCUACGCCAUGAAGCACAGCAACAGGAAGUCCAUUUCACUAAAGAAUAAACAUAAACUCUAGCCAACUGUCAGCCUCCACUUUUUACCUGGUUGGAAGCAACUCAAGUCAUGAAUGACAAGGAUAAAUACUGCAGUUUGACUUUGAUUAUCUGGCCGAAGAAAUAUCCUUCAAAUAUUUCACAGUGUUAAUAAUGUAUUACUGUAUAUCAGCUGAAAACAUGGUCAUCCUUGUCAUAAAGAAACUUAUUUCUCUGUGAGACUUUAAGUGAUUCCUUU